CCCGUCCAGUCUUCAGUCUCAGCCAGACAGAGGGAAAAAGAGUUUAGUUUGCUCAUCUCCUGCGUACUCUGAGUCCAGUUAAUAUUUCCUGUCAAAAAUUCACUGGUUUUGAUUGUCAUCUCACGGCUUAUCAUCCUUCAAAGUUAGUUAGUGUGGUAAGCGAAAUCCCCCUGUGGUUAAGUUUCCUGAGAGCAUUAAACAAAGCAUUAUGGACGUGACAGCGGGGGAUGAUGCUGUAUUCCAAUUGCUGGGGGUCCGUCCAGGUCCCGAUGCCGUGGAUAUUUCCCCCCUUGGUGACCAGAAACUGUGGAGAGAGGUCCUCUUCACACCCGAAAGUACUGGGGAUGAAGAACAAGAUCAGCAUGGGGCUCGAAAUGGGAUGGAGGUGAAAGUUCACUAUAAAGGAACUCUCACGGACAACAGUAUCUUUGAUGAAAAUACAUCCUCUGAUCCUCCUUUUACAUUUACCAUUGGAGAAGGGAAAGUCAUUAGUGGGUGGGAGCGUGGAGUUGUUGGGAUGAAACGAGGUCAAAAGAUCAAACUUAUUUGUCAUCCCUCCUUUGCUUACGAUGCCAGAGAAACUGGAGGUAUCCCGGCAAACUCUACCUUAAUUUUUGAGAUUGAAAUGGUAGAUUAUUCACCAGAAGAUUUGACCAAAAAGAAAAAUGGAAAUAUCUUGCGAUACAAUAUCAAAGAGGGAGGUUCCAAGUACCUAAAUCCUAAUCACGGUAGUAUUGUUGAAGUUUUGAUUCGAGGAAAGUACAAUGACAUCGUAGUCUAUCCUGAAACAACAAAGAAAUUUCGUCUUGGCGAAGGGUGUGAACACGAGAUUCCUUACGGAGUUGAGAAAGCGUUGUAUAAAUUUCGGUCGGGAGAGGGUUCCAUCUUGAUUAUUCGGGGACAAAAGUAUGGUAGUCCAGCUGUCGAUUAUGAAGCUCAUGGAAUUUCGCCCGAUUCUCCAUUGGAAUUUUACGUUGAAGUGUUAUCUCAUGAGAAUAGCAAAGAACCUUGGCAGUUGGAAGGUCCAGAGAAGGUGGAAAUUUCUCGUACUCUAAAGGAAUUGGGGAAUAAGUUUUACGCUAAAUCAAAUUACAGGGUUGCUUUCAAAAAUUACAAACUAAUCAUCGAUCACCUUAAAGCAGAAGCUUUAUUGCAUGGCGAGGAAGAAGAAGAACGUAAAGCAUUAAUGCUUGCAGCUAAUUUGAAUAUGGCAAUUUGUAACUUAAAGUUAAAUAGACCCACAAUCGCAAUUCGAAACUGUGAUGAUGCCCUGGACUUAAAUGCCAAUAAUACAAAAGCUCUGUUCCGACGAGGGCUAGCAAAUUUGGCUGUAAACCUUCCCGACGCUGCCAAAAGAGAUUUUGAAAAAGUUAUUCAGCUUGAACCCAACAAUUCCACUGUGACCCAACAGCUGGCUAUUUGCGAUAAGAUGAUUAAGGAAAAUCUCAAAAAAGAGAAGCAAAUGUACACCAAGAUGUUCUCCAGUGCCGGACAGAAACCGAAGACCAAUUUAAUAUUGACAGGAAACGCCCCUUCCUAAUGGAAUGGACAAUGUCAGCGAGUGGCAGCAGAAGCCUGAGGCGAACGGACGUACUUAAUGGAUAAUCUGCAAAAACCUGAUCGUGAAUCUUUAUAAUAAAACAAACUUUUGCAAAUUUUUCCGAUAUGUAUGUAUAUAUAUGCGAUUAUUUCGCAGACUGAGAAUGUAGUGGUGGUGGUGAUCAAUACAUCUUUUCCAUUAUAUCCCCAUCCAUAACAUGCCAUUAAAUUUUAAGGGUGCAACUUCUGUAUCUAUCCCGAAUAUUAUUAUGUUCAAGUUCAAUGUUUAGUACUUAUGUUGAUUGAUUUAUUUAUUUUAUGCCCUAUGUAUGUUGAAGUGGAGCCAUUUUUAAGUCCAAGCAUUUAUAAUUUGUAAUCAUUUCCCCAUGAAGAAACGAUGUAACAUGAAUUCACGUAGACAUGUCAUAUGAUGUGCUUACAAAAUUAUUCCAACAUAUAAACCUUAAGUAUUUCUUUUAAAGCUGGAUGCAAAUGAGUUCGCGGAUAUUCCAACAGUAAUAUAAUGGCACUGUGCGUGAAAUGUAUUUAGAAAAUAAUUGGUUAGUACUUGUUUGUGUGUGCACGAUUUGAAACUCUGUUGUCUGUGAAAUAUGAAUAUCACAAUAAUAAAACAAAUUUUCAGUGCAAAA